AUGACAUCAACACAAUCGAUCAAGGCUGUACGCUAUCACGGACAACAAGACAUCCGUCUUGAAUCAGUCCCCGUCAAACCUCUGGACCCCACUACCGUUCGUGUUGCACCCAAGUUUUGCGGAAUCUGCGGCACAGAUGUACACGAGUAUCUCGGCGGUAAUAACCUUAUCCCCAAACCUGGCACCCCGCACGGCAUCACAGGCGAGACAUCACCACUUACUCUGGGCCACGAAUUCAGCGGCAUUGUUGAAGAGGUUGGCAGUGAAGUCACGCGUCUUCAAAAAGGUGAUCGCGUCUGCGUGCAACCUAUCAUCUACGACAAUGAGUGCCGCUCGUGCAAGCGCGGCCUUCAGAACUGCUGUGAUAAAAACGGUUUCAUCGGGUUGAGUGGCUGGGGAGGUGGGUUGGCCGAAUCAACUGUUGUGCCGCAGGAUGCUGUCAAGAAGCUGCCCGACAAUGUGUCCCUAGAAGUCGGCGCUUUAGUCGAACCGCUUGCUGUUGGAUGGCACGCAAUCAAGAUCUCACCCUACGAGGAAGGCAACUCGGCUUUUGUUGUUGGUGGCGGACCAAUUGGACUGGCUGUUGUGCAGGCUCUCAUAGGACGUGGAUGCAAGAACAUCAUGCUGAGCGAGGUCAGCUCCAAGAGACGCGAGUUUGCCAAGAAGUUUGGUGCGCAUCACGUGUUCGAUCCUACAAAGGACGAUGUCGUGGCGAAUGUGAAAAAGUUGACAGGAGGGCUGGGAGCAGAUGUUGGUUUUGACGCUGCAGGCUCGCAACAAGCUAUUGAUGUAGCGUUCGACUGCUUGAAGGCCAGGGCAGUGUUGGUGAACAUUGCUGUAUGGGAGAAGAGGGCACAGUUGAACAUGAAUCAGAUUGUGUUCCGAGAGAGAUCUUAUGUUGGAUGUGCAACAUACGCUCUCGGAGAUUUUGAAGAAGUUAUUGAUGCACUGUCAAAUGGCAAGAUUACACCCGAGGGAAUGAUUACCAAGGUCAUUAAGAUGGACAAGGUUGUUGAGGAUGGUUUCCAAACGCUUAUCAAUGACAAAGACAACCACGUCAAAAUCUUGGUUGAUGUUAGCGCUGGAGUGUAG